GUCUGUUUGUGAACGCGAGCUGUGCUCGUGCCCGAGAGUGAGGCGACUGCGGGAGGAAAACAAGCUAGAGACGAUCGAGACGCAUCCUGACCUGCAGAGACACUCACUGAGACGUGUUGACGCCCUGUAGGGUUAUGUUCACACCGGAGGCAGCUCAGGACACCGAGGAAGAGUCAUAGGAUGCACUGGUGACCCACCUAGUGACUGGUCUGCAGGCUCUCUGUUCGUCUUGUCCCGUACACCACCAGGUUGGGAGGCAGAUUCCCAGGCCCGUCUCGGACGCUAAACGUUUUUACUGGACCUAGCCAACAGGCCGCUUAAGGAGUGCAAGAGCACCUCUUCACGUGUGUUGUUCGGACCAGCCCCGCUCAUCUCCCGACAGAGGAGGUCGGAGCAACUGUACCCCUGCCCAACCAUCUAGUACCCCUCGCCCCACGACCUGCCACACCAUGGUGCUCUCGCAAAGGCAACGCGAUGAAUUAAAUCGUGCAAUAGCUGACUACCUGCGUUCCAAUGGUUAUGAAGAAGCAUAUUCCACCUUCAAGAAGGAGGCUGAACUAGAUAUGAACGAAGAAAUGGAUAAAAAGUAUGCAGGCCUAUUGGAAAAGAAAUGGACCUCAGUCAUCAGAUUACAGAAAAAGGUGAUGGAGCUGGAGUCCAAGCUGAACGAAGCCAAGGAGGAGAUAACCCUGGGCGGUCCCGUCACUCAGAAACGGGACCCCAAGGAGUGGAUCCCGCGCCCACCGGAGAAGUAUUCCCUCAGCGGGCACCGCAGCCCCGUCACCCGGGUCAUCUUCCACCCCGUGUUCAGCGUCAUGGUGUCCGCCUCUGAAGACGCCACAAUAAAGGUCUGGGACUACGAGACCGGUGACUUUGAACGCACACUCAAGGGGCACACAGACUCAGUGCAGGACAUCUCCUUCGACCAGACUGGCAAACUUCUAGCAUCCUGUUCUGCGGACAUGACCAUAAAGCUGUGGGACUUCCAAGGCUUCGAGUGCAUCAGGACCAUGCAUGGACACGACCACAACGUUUCAUCUGUAACCAUCAUGCCCAAUGGAGAUCACAUAGUGUCCGCCUCGAGGGACAAAACCAUCAAAAUGUGGGAGGUCGCAACUGGGUACUGCGUGAAGACCUUCACCGGCCACAGGGAGUGGGUGCGCAUGGUGCGGCCCAACCCGGACGGCACGCUGAUCGCCAGCUGCUCAAACGACCAGACUGUGCGAGUGUGGGUCGUGGCGUCCAAAGAGUGCAAGGCCGAGCUGAGGGAGCACGAGCAUGUGGUGGAGUGCAUCUCCUGGGCCCCCGAGAGCGCCUACCCCAGCAUCAUGGAGGCCACCGGCUCCGAGGUCAAGAAGAGUGGAAAGCCUGGGCCUUUCCUGCUGUCCGGCUCCAGAGACAAAACCAUCAAGAUGUGGGAUGUCAGCAUUGGCAUGUGCCUUAUGACACUGGUCGGUCAUGACAACUGGGUGCGUGGGAUGCUUGUCCACCCCGGAGGCAAAUUCAUAGUGUCCUGCGCGGACGACAAGACCCUGAGGAUCUGGGACUACAAGAACAAGCGCUGCAUGAAGACCCUGUAUGCCCACGAACAUUUUGUAACCUCUCUUGAUUUCCACAAGGCUGCUCCCUACGUCGUCACCGGGAGUGUAGAUCAAACAGUCAAAGUGUGGGAGUGUCGCUGAUUUGUGCCCGAGAAGAUUGGACGGACAACUACCCCUGCCAUCUAAUCGCUCCCUUCAGAUCCGAAUAAGCCCCCAGCCCCCCUUCCCCACCUUCCAUCCCCACCCCACCCUCACCCUCACCUCCCCCCUCCAUUCCACCUCCUCCAGAACCCACCGACCAGCCCCUUGCCUCCGGCCGCCCACCGUGGGUAUUUACCUAGUGUGCUCUCUGGUUCAGUAACUAUUGUCCUUCUAUGUAAAUUAUUCCUGGAUGUAGAUUGAGCUAUUAAAUGUUACACACAAAAAAGUAUUCUUGCAUGGUAAUCCAAAAUUGUAUACUAUAAAUUAACAUUACAUUGUCUAGAAGUACCAUAGGUUUAACAUGAGGCUGACCAUAUGUCAAGCAGCCUUACCAACCGAAGGCAGAUCUUGUGUUCCUUUGACUGGUGUAAAAAUGUAGGGCACUAAAAAAAAAAAACACAAUAAUUUAAGAAAUGACAGUGGCGUUCUUUGUGUACGAUUUAUUUUGUGUAUUUUUAUUUCUCUUCAUUCACUGUCUUAGUCUGUUGGUGCCUAGCUUGGUGAGGUGUUCAGAGGAGAAAG